CCUCCACUCCUCCCUCCAAGCCCCACCAUCAUACACACACACAGAGAGAGAGACAAUGGCUUCUCCCUCCCUUUUUCUCUCUCUCUACCUGCCUUGCCUUCUUGGUUUCAGCAGGAAAUGAGGGCUCUCCUCCUCCUCCUCUUCCUCCUUCCCUCCUUUCUUCCCUUCUAGGCACAUCCCUGGCAAAGGGUCCCCGGAUCAGCGGCAGGGCAUGAAAAUGGAAGAGCCGAAACAGGAGCUGGAGGAAGCAUGGGAAGAAGGCAGACGCACGCCUCGUGUUAUCGUGACCAAUAAUCCUCGGGAGCUCCAACCAGGGCCACCUUGCGCAGCAACAUGUCGUCCACAGAAAGGGCUGAAACCAUGGCAUGGCUCUCUGAGGACAGUGGGCUCUUCCCAUGUGGGACGGCGGGAUCCGGCGCUGGCAGACUUUUCUCAGCAGGAAGCUUUUCAGUCUUCCUUCAAGGAGAUAGCCCAGGCCGGUCGCUGGUCUAGAGGAGAGUGGGUUACCUCAGACCACUUGCCAGGCCGUAGUCCAGAAGCUGCACCAGAGGCCCACAGAAAUGUGGACGCCUCUCCAACAGUGAAGGAAGAGACCACAGACGACAACGCGAUGGAGACACGAUGCCAGCGCUUCCGGCGGUUUUGCUACCGGGAAGCAGAGGGCGCCCGAGAGAACAGCAGGCAGCUUUGGGACCUUGGGCUCCGAUGGCUGACGCCCGAGAGACACACCAAGGAGCAGGUGGUGGAGCUGGUGAUCCUGGAGCAGUUUCUGGCUAUCCUGCCAGAAAAAAUGCAAAGCUGGGUGAGGGAUCGUGGCCCGGAGAGCAUGGCCCAGGCCCUCGCCUUGGUGGAAGGCUUUCCCUUUCAAUCACAGGACUCUGGAAGACGGGAGGAAAAGGUGCCGGUACAGGAGGAGACUGUUGGUUUCUUGCUAGGAGGACCAAAUCCACCACCAGGUCUGCCCCACGUGGAGACCAAGCAGGAGGGUGACACCGUGGCCUGUAUGCAUGGGGCCUGGCAAGGGAACGAAAACGAGGAAGCAGAAUUUCAGCUGGGAGGAAGACCGGAGCAAACGGAUGUUAAUGGGGUCGUACCAGAUGGCAAGAAAGAAAUCAUUUGUGCAGAGCCAAAAAUAGGAGGAACAUUUCAAAGUCAGCGGGGGCCAGGAAGUCCUGUGGAAUUUCAUACCAUGCAAGGAGAAUCUCUUUCUGGUAACCCAGGGUCAGGCGAAAUGCCUUCUUGUGCCAGAGAAAUUGGGGGUCCUGACUCGGGAACAAAGGAUAACCCGAGCACUGUGAUCCCUAAGAAACGGCCUGCACGGAAAAGAACGAAAACACAUGUUUGUUCGGUGUGUGGAAAAGCCUUUGAGAAUCUUUCCAUCCUUACGAAUCACCUGACCAUACAUACAGGAGAGAAGCCGUAUCGGUGUCUGGAGUGUGGGAAAGGUUUUGGUUAUAAGGCGCUCCUGGUAAGGCACGAACAAAGCCACACGGGGCAGAAGCCCUACAAAUGCUUGAAAUGUGGGAAAACCUUCAGCACUAGUACCAUUCUUUCGGAUCACGAAAGGAUUCAUACAGGAGAGAGGCCCUUCACCUGCGGUGAGUGUGGGAAAUGCUUUAUUAAGAGAGGCCACCUGAUGAGGCACAAGUUGACCCACACUGGAGAGAAACUGUACAAGUGCUCCGAGUGCGAGAAAAGCUUUGCGGACAAAGGUCUCCUCAACACCCACAGGAGAAGCCACACGGGAGAGAAGCCGUACAAAUGCUCCGAAUGUGGGAAAUGCUUCAGUCAAGGCUCACACCUCAUCACACACAAGAGAAUCCACACUGGAGAGAAGCCCCAUAAGUGUUCUCACUGUGGGAACAGUUUCAGUCGCCGGUACGAUCUUUUAAUUCACGAGAGGACGCACACGGGGGAGAAACCGUACCAGUGCCCCGAGUGUGGGAAAAGCUUCCGUCAGAGCUCUCAGCUUUUUGUCCACGGAAGGAUCCACAUGGGAGGUAAGCCCUACAAAUGCUCCGAGUGCGGGAAAAGUUUCCGGUGGGAGAGCAGUAUCAAAAUGCACAUGAAGAACCAUGCCGGGGAUCGACCCUACGCCUGCUCAGACUGCGGGAAAACGUACGGGAAGUCAUCACAUCUUAUCCGGCACAAGGAAACCCACACUGGGGAGAAGCCCUUCAAGUGCUCUGAAUGCGGGAAAAGCUUCUCUCAGAACUCCAUGCUUUAUCUCCAUGAAAGAACUCACACCGGAGAGAAACCAUUCCAGUGCUCGGAGUGCGGGAAACGUUUUCGCUGGGAAACCAGUUACCAGACGCACAUUAAAAACCACGCAAGGAAGAAGCCCUAUGGCUGCUCGGACUGCGACAAGAGCUACGAUAAAGAGUCGGAGCUGAUUAAACACCGACGCCUCCACACAGGAGAGAAACCGUUUCGGUGCAGAGAAUGCGGACUCUGUUUUGAUCGUAUCUCUGCACUUACCGUCCAUAGAAGAACGCACCGAAACGAGAGGCCCUUUAAAUGUAUAGACUGUGGCCGGAGCUAUGGCAAAGAGUCCGAGCUUCUGAAGCACAAGAAAGCCCACACAGCUGAGAAACCGCACAAGUGCCCAGACUGUGGGAAAAGCUUUGAUUCUAAGUCAGCCCUACGUGUGCACCAGAGGAUGCACACGGGGGAGAAACCUUACAAAUGUGCAGGCUGUGGGAAAAGCUUCAGCCAGAGUUCAAACCUUAAGACACAUAUGAGAAUCCACACAGGAGAGAAUGUGUGACAGAAGUCUUGAACCCUAAUACUUUAGAAGAAGGCCUGUGCUAAGGUUCCUGCUCCCAGGUCACAUCUUCACCCACCUAAUAGCACACAUGUAGCAGGAUAUGUUGAUUAACACAUGUGAUUAUUAUUAUUGUGUGCUGUCAAGUGUUCUGACUUAUGACAACCCUAUGCAGGGUUUUCUAAGUAUAGAGUACUCGGAAAUGGUCUGCCAUUCCCUUCUUCUGAGGGAGUGCCCUGAGAGUGUACAGCUUGCCCGAGCCCAUGCAGACUGGCUCUAAGGUUAGCAUAUAUUUUAUACAAAAUGGGUAGUGGUUAGGAGUGCAAAACACUGAUUAUAGGAUGCAGCAGG